AUGAUUGACUUACAGAACUAUUUAAGCCAAAGUGGAAGCAGAGGAAACAUUUCUCUUUGUUAUGAACAUCAUCCUAACUCUUGUCAGCAGUAUGUGUAUCCGCUGAGUGUAAGAAUUGCAACUUAUUUUGUCAUUGGUGUCAUUGUACUUUUUACAUUAUUUGGAAAUCUUCUGGUGAUCAUAGCCAUAACUCAUUUCAAGCAGCUGCACACACCAACUAACUACCUCACUCUCUCUCUGGCUGUAGCUGACCUGCUUGUAGGAGGGGUGGUGAUGCCUCCUAGCAUGAUACGCUCUGUGGAGACGUGCUGGUAUUUGGGGAGCUUCUUUUGUAAAAUACACAGCAGCCUUGACAUUACUUUGUGUACAGCAUCUGUUUUAAAUCUUACAUUUAUCUCUGUUGAGCGCUAUUAUGCAGUAUGUCACCCCCUGCAGUACCACAGUAAAAUGACUCCUCUUACUACUCUCUUCAUGAUCAUUGUUUGUUGGAGUGUUUCUACUGCUGUGGGAUUUGGGGUGAUAUUUCUGGAGCUCCGUAUUGAAGGCAUUAAUGAUUAUGGUGUUGUUAUGUGUGAGGGGGGAUGUAUGAUUAUUCUUGGGCCUAUGGCAACUUUGAUGAUGUCACUUUUCUCUAUGUAUCUCCCCACCAUUGUCACACUAAGCAUAUACUGGAAAAUAUAUCUUGUUGCACAGAGACAGUCACAUUCAAUACAUAGCACAUUCUCUCAAAUUAAUUCAUCCAAAGGGCAACCCACUAUUAGUAAAGCAGAGAAAAAAGCCACUAAAACAUUAGCCACUGUUAUGGGAGCUUUUCUAGUGUGUUGGGCACCGCUUUUAAUUUACAGUCUGGCUGUCAUGUAUCAAGAUCACAACGAUCCACCACAAAUUAUUGAUUUCCUCACUUGGAUUGGUUAUUCAAAUUCUGCCUGCAAUCCCAUUGUGUAUGCAUUCUUCUAUGCAUGGUUUAGGAAGGCCCUCAAAGUUAUUUUAAGUGGUAAAAUAUUCAAAAGCAAUUCUUCAAGGACAGAGUUGUGUUCAGAAUUGAAUACAUGACUCGUCUUGUUCAUUUAUUUCAAUAGCUUUUUAAUGUUUUUUCUUACUCAUAACGUGUAGACUAUGUUUAAUUAAAACUACUUUUUAACUCUAUUCCUAAAUUUUUAUUCAGCUAAAUAAAAGUAAUAAACAGCAUAAACAUAACUGUACUGCUUGAUGGUUUCUUUUAGGCAUUUUUAUUGUGUACUUGUAAUGUACAUGUACUUCAUACC